GAUAAAUUAAGCACCGGUUGAUGUGAAGACCUACUUUCUAAUUGAACUUCAAACAUCUUCACAACAGUGAGAAAAAGUUGUGGAAUUGCUAAAAGUGUUCAGGAAAUGCUAUCAUCAAGCUAUGAGCUAUAAACUCCUGAAAGUGAGGACAUUUUAACAUUUUGCAUGGAUUGUAUUUGAAGAGUACACAUUUUGAAAUUGUACAAGAAGGAAAUGCAGGAUUAUGAUGAAGUUACUUCUUUCCUGGGAGAGUGGGGAUCCUUCCAGAAAACUGUUUUCUUUUUGUUGAGUGCUUCAGUUAUUUUGAGUGGCCACAUGUGUUUGUCUAUGGUGUUUCUGGCAGACACCCCUCAGCACCACUGCCGUCUGCCUGACUCUCUGAACAGAACCACUGGAGAAGCUAAUCUGAGUUCACUGCUGCCUGUAGAGGAGGUGGAUGGUGAGAUGAUCUACAGUCGAUGUAGAAGAUACAAAACUCCUGCAACAGAUGCUUUAAAUGCCACAACACGUGAGACUGAGCCCUGUGUGGAUGGCUGGGAGUACAGCACCGAAAGGUACAUCUCUACUAUUGUCUCUGAGUGGGAUCUCGUUUGUGAGAAUAAUUGGAAAGGUCCAUUUUCCUCCUCAGUGUUUUUCAUGGGCAUGCUGACUGGUUCAUUCUUUUCCGGACAUCUUUCUGACAGGUAUGGAAGAAAAUUCAUUCUGUUUGCAUCAAUUACAGUGCAGACAGUCUUUGGACUUAUUGAGAUGGCUUCUCAGAGCUGGGAGAUGUUCUGUGUAUUCUACUUUGUAAUUGGAUUCGGACUAAUAUCGAUUUACGUAACUGCUUUUGUUUUAGGAACAGAACUCCUUGGGAAAUCUAUGAGACUUGCUUUUGGAACAGUUGGUAUCCCCAUGUUCUUUUCCGUGGGUUAUAUUUUUCUGCCUCUUUUUGCAUAUUUUAUCCGAGAUUGGCGUACGUUGUUGCUAGCCAUGUCUCUCCCAGGAUUUCUGUAUGUGCCUCUGUGGUGGUUUAUACCCGAGUCUCCCAGGUGGCUGCACUCUCAAGGCCGAGUGGAAGAAGCAGAAGCCAUAUUUAAAGCUGCCGCCAAACAAAAUGGCAUUACACACGUUGGGGUCAUAUUUACAAGAAGAGAAUGUACUGUAGAUAUGCUCCAUAAUCCUAGGAUUAGUGAUCAAGAUGUGCUCACCUACUUGGAUUUGUUCAGAACAUCCAAUAUAAGAAACAUCACAAUCCUAUUCUUCUUUAUAUGGAUAGUCACAUCGAUGACUUACUUUGGAUUAUCUGUGAAUACUUCUAACAUGAAUGGAAAUCCCUACAUCAACUGCUUUAUCAGUGCAGCUUCUGAAAUUGGAGCGUACUUGUUCACUUGGUGGUUGCUGCCCACAGCACUUCGAAGAAUUACAACUGCCUCGAUGUUGUCACUUGGUGGAACUCUGUUGCUACUGAUUCAAUUGGUGCCAGCAAAUGUAUAUGUGAUUACCACGGCAUUAGCAAUGAUUGGAAAAUUUGCCAUUACAUCUGCCUUCAUUAUAAUCUAUAUUUACGCAGCUGAGCUGUAUCCAACUGUAUUAAGAAACAUGGGAGUUGGGGCAUGUUCUACGGUAUCCAGGAUUGGUGCCAUAAUCUCCCCGUAUGUUUUUUAUCUUGGAUUGUAUAACAUAGUACUACCUUUAAUGGGUCUCCUAGUUGUGGUCGCUGGAGCUCUCUGUUUAAUCCUUCCUGAAACACGUGAUCAAUCUCUUCCAGAGACUGUUCAGCAGACACAGCCAAUUAGAUGUUGUUCAGUCUAGAAGAAUGGCAUCAUUUCUGUGGUGAAAAGAAGACACCAAUAAGAAGCAAUGAAUGCACUGGAAGGAUGAAGUUAUCUGUAUAUUCAUAAAAUGUCACAAUUUCAACUUGCUACUUAUUCAGGAAAUAGGAAAAUAGUGGAAGACUUAAACUUCCCUCAUAUUAAAUCUACUUCUGUUUAAAUUAACAUUUUUUUUAAGUGUGUUUCAUAAUUUACAGUCAGCCUAACAAUAUGCAAUAAAAAAGGAACAUAAGAAAAGUCAUGGAUGAGAAAAGGCUAUUCGUUUCACUGAAGCUCAAUCUUCUAUCAUGCCAUUUUCUGUUUCAAAUCUACUCUUUACUAUUACAUUUAUAGUUUUACGAUUUAAUCUGAAAUAAUUUUAUCCACCCCAUUCUAUUUUCUCUUCAAAGCUUAUUAAGAAACAAACAAAUUAACCUGCAUUUUUACGGUGCCUUAUCACAUCAAAACAUCUCUUCCCUGGGAAGUUAGCAGGGAGGAGGCAGGUGGUUGAAAACAUGGUCAAAAAGAUACGUCUUCAGGUACGUUUUGAAAGCAAGGAAGAAAAGGGUAAGGUGGAGGAAUUCUGUAGCUGAAAGCUCAAAUUUUGAUGAGCAAAGUGGCUGGCCACAGAUAUACCACUGUAUGCAAUCACAGCGCUAAGGUGGGGCAAGACCAUGCAGGAAUUUGAAAAUAGGUCAUGUAUCUCCAACUGAAUCCACUAGGCGAUGGGGAACCAAGCAAGAUUGAUGAUGAUGGGUUCACAGAACUUGGCUCGAAAGAGGACAUGGGCUGGAUAAUUCUGGCUUGUGUAAUUGGGUUUGUUACACACCUAUUGCAAUAAAGUAGUUAUCUUUUUGUUAUGUCAUUAAAAUGUUGUCUUCAUUAUUAAAGAUAAUUAAACUAUGA